AUGGCCCUGCGCAAGGAGCUGCUCAAGUCCAUCUGGUACGCCUUUACUGCGCUGGACGUGGAGAAGAGCGGCAAGGUCUCCAAGUCCCAGCUCAAGGUGCUGUCCCACAACCUGUACACGGUCCUGCACAUCCCCCAUGACCCCGUGGCCCUGGAGGAGCACUUCCGAGAUGAUGACGACGGCCCUGUGUCCAGCCAGGGCUAUAUGCCCUACCUCAAUAAGUACAUCCUGGACAAGGUGGAGGAGGGGGCUUUCGUUAAAGAGCACUUUGAUGAGCUGUGCUGGACCCUGACGGCCAAGAAGAACUAUCGGGCAGAUAGCAACGGGAACAGCAUGCUCUCCAAUCAGGAUGCCUUCCGCCUCUGGUGCCUCUUCAACUUCCUGUCUGAGGACAAGUACCCUCUGAUCAUGGUUCCUGAUGAGGUGGAAUACCUACUGAAGAAGGUGCUCAGUAGCAUGAGCUUGGAGGUGGGCUUGAGUGAGCUGGAGGAGCUGCUGGCCCAGGAGGCCCAGGCGGCCCAGACCACUGGGGGGCUCAGUGUGUGGCAGCUUCUGGAGCUCUUCAACUCAGGCCGCUGCCUGCGGGGCGUGGGGCGGGACACCCUCAGCAUGGCCAUCCAUGAGGUCUACCAGGAGCUCAUCCAAGAUGUCCUGAAGCAGGGCUACCUGUGGAAGCGGGGGCACCUGAGGAGGAACUGGGCAGAACGCUGGUUCCAGCUGCAGCCUAGCUGUCUCUGCUACUUUGGGAGUGAAGAGUGCAAAGAGAAAAGGGGCACUAUCCUGCUGGACUCACACUGCUGUGUGGAGGUGUUGCCGGACCGCGACGGGAAGCGCUGCAUGUUCUGUGUGAAGACGGCUACACGCACGUAUGAGAUGAGCGCCUCAGACACGCGCCAGCGCCAGGAGUGGACGGCUGCUAUUCAGACGGCGAUCCGGCUGCAGGCCGAGGGGAAGACGUCGCUGCACAAGGACCUGAAGCAAAAGCGGCGCGAGCAGCGGGAGCAGCGGGAGCGGCGCCGGGCAGCCAAGGAGGAGGAGCUGCUGCGGCUGCAGCAGCUGCAGGAGGAGAAGGAGCGGAAGCUGCAGGAGCUGGAGCUGCUGCAGGAGGCGCAGCGACAGGCCGAGCGGCUGCUGCAGGAGGAGGAGGAGCGGCGCCGCAGCCAGCACCGCGAGCUGCAGCAGGCUCUCGAGGGGCAGUUGCGCGAGGCCGAGCAGGCCCGGGCCUCCAUGCAGGCUGAGAUGGAGCUGAAGAAAGAGGAGGCUGCCCGGCAGCGGCAGCGCAUCAAGGAGCUGGAGGAUAUGCAGCAGCGGUUGCAGGAGGCCCUGCAACUGGAGGUGAAAGCUCGGCGUGAUGAGGAGGCCGUUCGCCUAGCUCAGACCAGACUGCUGGAGGAGGAGGAGGAGAAACUGAAGCAGCUGAUGCAGCUGAAGGAGGAGCAGGAGCGCUACAUCGAACGGGCGCAGCAGGAGAAGCAAGAGCUGGAGCAGGAGAUGGCGCUGCAGAGCCGCUCCCUGCAACAGGCCCAGCAGCAGCUGGAGGAGGUGCGGCAGAACCGGCAGAGGGCCGAUGAGGACGUGGAGGCUGCCCAGCGGAAGUUGCACCAGGCCAGCACCAAUGUGAAACAUUGGAAUGUCCAGAUGAACCGGCUCAUGCAUCCAAUUGAGCCUGGAGAUAAGCGUCCCACCACCAGCAGCUCCUUCACAGGCUUCCAGCCCUCUCUGCUUGCCCGCCGUGACUCCUCCCUAAAGCGCCUGACACGCUGGGGAUCGCAGGGCAUCAGGACCCCCUCACCCAACAGCAGCGAGGAACAGAAGUCCCUCAAUGGUGGGAAUGAGCCUCCUGUCCCAGCUUCCACCCCUCAGGAAAAUAAACUGGAUCCAGCACCAGAAAAUUAGCUUCUCCUAUCCUCUUGUUCUUCCCAACGUCAUAUCCACCAGGACCUGGCCACAGCUGGCCUGUGGGUGACACCAGCCCCUGCUGGGAGAAGGAGCUGAAGUCCUCCAACUGUAAAACAGUCCAGAUGAAACCAGGCUCGUUUUUCACAGCAGUCCAAGCCCCAGACCACAGAGGCUGUCUGGGAUGUUAAUAUUUAAGAACGUGACCCUGUGCU